AUGUUUAAAUUGCCAUUUUAUACCUUUAACAAAAAUUCAUUGUUGGUUCAAUGCUGUAAAGGAGCAUUUACUUAUUAUAUUCCACAAAACUUAGCAGUCAUUAGCAUUUUUUUUUAUUAUCAAUAUAAGAAAAACCAAUUGGUAAAUGGUAAGAGAGUACAAAUACAAAACUGUGAUGAAUCAAUAAAUAAUUUUUUAAAAGAAAAAAAGUUAAGUAAAGACGACAUUGAAAUAAAAAAAAAACAAAACAUAUAUACCGUAUCACUGAUAUAA